CUGCUUCCAUCUAAAACCCCACCAGGUUGGGAAGUGGAAGAGGAGUACUACCCCCAUCCCCACUUCCAAUUUGGGGGCCAGCCCUAGGCCUCAUGGAAUUCUAGGAGGACUGGAUCUCAGAAGAUGAGAAUCUACAGGGAGGGAAGACUUUCAAGGACAUGUCUGUCCCAGAACCACAGCCAGUUAUUUCCUUGACCUGGACCUUUGUCCAAUCUCCUCAUUCUCAGGGGCCAUGUUCUGCAAUGAUUUAAAGGAAAAGUAUGAGGAGAGGAUCAUCAUCAAAGGGGUCGACGCGGAGACUAUGCACACUCUUCUGGACUACACGUACACCAGCAAGGCGCUGAUCACCAAGCAGAACGUCCAGCGGGUCCUGGAAGCUGCUAACCUUUUCCAGUUCCUGCGGAUGGUGGAUGCCUGUGCGAGCUUCCUCACAGAAGCCUUGAACCCAGAAAACUGUGUUGGAAUACUGAGGCUGGCAGACACACAUUCCUUGGACAGUCUAAAGAAGCAGGUUCAAAGUUACAUCAUCCAGAACUUUGUGCAGAUUCUGAACUCCGAAGAGUUCCUUGAACUUCCUGUGGAUACUCUGUACCACAUCUUGAAGAGCGAUGACCUUUAUGUAACAGAAGAGUCUCAGGUGUUUGAGACUGUGAUGAGCUGGGUCAGGCACAAACAGUCAGAACGACUCUGCUUGCUCCCCUAUGUCCUGGAGAACGUGCGCUUGCCGCUUCUGGACCCAUGGUACUUUGUGGAGAUGGUGGAAGCGGAUCCUCUCAUCAGGCAAUGCCCAGAGGUCUUCCCGCUGCUACAGGAAGCCAGGAUGUACCACCUUUCUGGCAAUGAGAUCAUUUCGGAGCGCACCAAGCCCAGGAUGCAUGAGUUCCAGUCUGAGGUGUUCAUGAUCAUCGGUGGCUGCACGAAGGAUGAACGGUUUGUGGCGGAGGUAACCUGCCUGGACCCCCUGAGGCGCAGCCGCCUGGAGGUGGCCAAGCUCCCCAUGACAGAGCACGAGCUGGACAGUGAGAAUAAGAAGUGGGUGGAGUUUGCAUGCGUGACAUUAAAAAAUGAGGUCUACAUCUCAGGGGGCAAAGAAACACAGCACGAUGUUUGGAAAUAUAAUUCUUCAAUCAACAAGUGGAUUCAAAUUGAGUAUUUGAACAUAGGCCGCUGGAGGCAUAAGAUGGUGGUGCUCGGAGGCAAGGUCUAUGUGAUCGGAGGUUUCGAUGGCUUGCAGAGGAUCAACAACGUGGAGACCUAUGACCCCUUCCACAACUGCUGGUCGGAGGCUGCGCCCCUCCUUAUCCAUGUCAGUUCCUUCGCAGCCACCAGCCAUAAGAAGAAGCUCUAUGUGAUUGGGGGAGGGCCCAACGGGAAACUGGCCACGGACAAGACUCAGUGUUACGACCCUUCAACCAAUAAGUGGAAUUUAAAGUCGACCAUGCCGGUAGAGGCUAAAUGCAUCAAUGCAGUGAGUUUCCGGGACCGUAUCUAUGUGGUUGGAGGGGCCAUGAGAGCGCUGUACGCCUACAGCCCUCUGGAGGACAGCUGGUGCCUGGUGACCCAGCUCAGCCACGAGAGGGCCAGCUGCGGCAUCGCGCCCUGCAACAACCGGCUCUACAUCACUGGGGGGCGGGACGAGAAGAACGAGGUCAUCGCCACGGUGCUGUGCUGGGACCCCGAGGCCCAGAAACUGACGGAGGAGUGCGUCCUGCCCCGGGGGGUGUCGCACCACGGCAGUGUCACCAUCAGGAAGUCGUACACCCACAUUCGGAGGAUCGUGCCUGGAGCUGUGUCGGUCUGACUGCGGGAGCGCGGAGGGCAGAGCCACGCGGGGAGCCCUUCUCCCUCUCCCCCGCAUCGGUCCCUCUAAAGCAGCUAGCGGGGCUUGAGUUACAGGCCGUGCAUACAUCAGGGGCUCACCGCGGCUCCCCAUGGCGGCUCCUUGGAAGUCACAGCUUUGGGACUUGAGACCAGCCAGGACUGUCUGUGAGACCUACCUCAGGAGGAAAGAAGAGUAAUACUGGACAUUCAAGACACACCCGUCCCAUGCAUGCCAGGUUCGAUACCGGGCACUUUUGCAUACCAAUGCCUUUAACCGUCAAACGACCUGGUGACUGGAUUUUAUUACUCCCAUUUUACAGGUGAGGAAACCGAGUUUAAGAGAGGCUAAGUGAUUUGCCCAGGUCAGUCAGAUUACAAGUUAGCUAACCCAGGAGUCUAAACCCAGGUCUUCCAAUUUCAAAGUUAGUGUAGGUUCUGUCAUGUUGUCUAUCUCAGAACAUGAAAAAGACAAAACAGAACAACUCAUUUUUGUUCUGACAAGUUUGCUAAAGGAUUCACUCAGCAAGGCAGGGAAAUAAAGGUGCUUCCUUUUUUCUUUUCUUUUUUCCCUUAUAUUUAGACCGUUUGGGAUCUUUGGUGUGGAAACCUUGGACCCCUUGUCAAGAGCAUCUCAUAGGUUGUUCUGGGGAGAUGGGUCUGGGAAGACCUGUUUGCUAUGAAAAAUGUAAAAGACUUCUGUCCUCCCCAUCAAAAGCCUCUAUUUUUUAUGAUCACAGGAGGCCCAUUGUGGCCUGGAACUGUCAUUGCUGGACAGAACUGUACCUUCAGCACAGCCCAGUGCCCUAGCCUCUUAAUGGCCAACAGUUGUAUUGCUAUGUAGAAAAGGUUUUUGCAGA